AUGGAACUGGUGAAAGUGUUAUCCAUGUUGGUCGUCAUUGAUUUAUCCGAAAACAGGUUUGAAGGGGAGAUACCGAAGGUAAUUGGAGAGCUCAAAUCGCUCAAGAGCUUGAAUUUAUCUCACAACAACUUGACAGGUCGAAUCCCAGCAUCUAUUUGUCUAUUGACUAAUCUUGAAGGGUUGGAUCUUUCUUCAAACAAUUUUACUGGACAAAUUCCUGAAGAAAUGGCAAAUUUAACAUUUCUUUCCUUCUUAAACCUUUCACGGAAUAAUCUUAUUGGACGCAUACCCCAAGGCCACCAACUUGAUACUUUUGGAAAUGAUUCGUACAAAGGUAAUUUGAGACUGUGUGGAGUUCCAUUGACAAAAAAAUGUAGUGAUGAAGAGGGAUCACAACCACCUCCAUCGACAAGCCUUCAACAAGAUGAUGAAAUGGAGCAUGAAAGUUUGUUAAACUGGAGAGCCAUAUCGUUGGGAUACGCAUGUGGGAUUGUGUAUGGUGGGGUUAUGGGAUACUUUCUGUUGCACAGAGGAAGAUACAGAGCUCGGCUUGUAUGUUUGUAUUUUUGA